UGUUCAAGAGCCGGGUCUUAUCCACUUCUUUCUUUCAGCCAACAUCAUGCCUUCUUAAUCCUCGUAAUCACUGGCUUAAUUCAAUUGACACACGAAGAUAACAGUAGUUGCAAUCAAAUCCAUGGCGAGUUUGCUAGCAUACCCACAAAUUCCUUUGAAUUUUACCACCAACAAUGCCAUUAUCGCCGGUCAUUCACCUUUUCCCGGCGGCCUUCAUCGAAAUGCCUUCGUUAUUCGUGCUUCCGCGGUGUCCCAUACUACUAAACGAAAGAAACAGCAGCAGAAGGAAGAUGAGGCUUCGUUGUUAUUAGCAACAACGACGGAAAAGGGACUGAGAUUAUUGUUUAUGGAGGAUUUGAUGGAGCGUGCAAGGAGUCGCGAUGUUGCCGGAGUUUCUGAAGUUAUUUACGAUAUGAUUGCAGCUGGUAUCAACCCGGGACCUCGGUCGUUUCAUGGCUUGGUCAUUUCUCAUGUGCUCAAUGGCGAUCAUGAGGGCGCUAUGAAUGCACUGAGGAGGGAACUGAGUGAAGGUCUUUGCCCUCUCCCUGAGACCUUUAAUGCAUUGAUUCGAUUGUUUGGUUCAAAAGGGUAUUCUACGAGAGGUUUAGAGCUUCUUGGAGCAAUGGAGAAACUGACUUUAGAUAUUCGCUUUGCUUGGCUAAUUCUUAUUGAGGAACUUAUUAGAAGCAACCACUUGGAUGAUGCCAACAAAGUAUUUCUAAAAGGUGCCGAGGGUAGACUCAGAGCUAGUGAUGAGAUUUAUGAUCUUCUGAUCGAAGAAGAUUGUAAAGUUGGGGAUCAUUCAAAUGCAUUGACCAUAGCCUAUAAAAUGGAGGAGGCCGGCAGGAUGGCUACCACUUAUCAUUUCAAUUGUCUCCUUAGUUGUCAGGCAACAUGUGGAAUACCUGAAAUUGCCUAUGCGACAUUUGAAAACAUGGUGUAUGGGGAAGAUUCUAUGAAACCCGACACAGAGACAUAUAACUGGGUGAUCCAGGCUUAUACAAGGGCAGAAUCUUCUGACAGGGUACAAGAUGUUGCUGCAGUACUUGGCAUGAUGGUUGAAGAUUACCGUCGUGUACAACCUAAUGUGAGGACCUAUGCUUGUAUCAUUAAUCAUUUCAGGCUAUUGGUGGAAUGCUUUGCCAAAUAUUGUUCAGUAAGAGAAGCUAUCCGACAUUUUCGUGCCCUUUCAAAAAUUGAUGGCGGGAUUAAAGCUUUAUACAAUGAAGGAAAUUAUGGAGAUCCUCUUUCUCUAUAUCUUCGGGCUUUAUGUAGAGAAGGAAGGAUUGUUGAGCUGUUGGAAGCUUUAGAAGCUAUGGCCAAAGAAAAUCAGACUAUUCCUGCCAGAGCAAUGGUACUUAGUCAAAAAUAUCGAACCAUGGUUAGCUCUUGGAUUGAACCUCUGCAAACAGAAGCAGACGUAGGAUAUGAGAUUGAUUACAUUGCCAGAUAUAUUGAGGAAGGCGGGCUCACAGGUGAACGCAAGAGAUGGGUCCCAAGAGAAGGAAAGACUUCAUUAGAUCCUGAUGUUGCUGGAUUUGUGUAUAAAAAUCCUCUCGAGACCUCAUUCAGACAAAGAUGUGUCGAGAAUUGGAAGAGGUAUCAUAGAAAGAUACUAAGAGCUUUGCGUAACAGAGGCCCGUCACUAUUGGGUGAUGUUUCAGAAUCUGAGUAUGUACAAGUUGUGGAGUGGCUAUAUCAUAUCCUUAAACGCCCAAACAAAAAUGCAUUAAAGCCAAAGGCUGCCAGUAAGAUGGUUGUAUCUGAGCUAAUGGAGGAACUUGAAGCACAGGGUCUGCCUACUGAUGGAAACCGGAGUGUGCUUUACCAGCGUGUUCAGAAGGCUAGAAGAAUAAAUCGGUCUAGAAACAAGCCACUGUGGGUUCCUCCUGUGGAAGAGCAAGAAGAAGAGAUUGAUGAGGAGGUGGAGGCGUUAGUAUCUCGGGUCAGGCUAGAAGAAGGGAAUACAGAGUUCUGGAGACGAAGAUUUCUUGGAGAAGGCUUAGAUGCUGAAUAUGGAAAGUCGACAGCAAUUGAAAUAGAAGUUUCAGAUGUCUCCGAUGAUCCUGAUGGUUCUGAGGACGUGACUAAACAGGGUGAUGAUGAUGAAGCAGACAAAGAGGAGGUAUUGGAACAAACCGAAAGCCAAUCUGGUGACACAGAAGUGGUCAAGGACAAGGAAGCUGUGGCUGCAAAUCCCCUUCAAAUGAUAGGUGUCCAAUUGUUUAAAGGUGAUUCUACACCAGCUAGAUCAAAAAAAUCACAAAAAAGGUUAUCCCGAAUUGCAAUGGAGAACGACGACGAUGAAGACUGGUUCCCAUUGGAUAUACAGGAGGCACUUAAGGAGAUGCGUAAUAGGAAAGUAUUUGAUGUAUCAGAUAUGUACACAAUUGCCGAUGCUUGGGGUUGGACAUGGGAAAUGGAACUAAGGAAUACCCCCCCUCGACGCUGGUCACAACAAUGGGAAGUAGAGCUGGCCGUGAAGCUAAUGGUGAAAGUAAUAGAGUUGGGUGGGAAACCAACCAUUGGAGACUGUGCCAUAAUUCUUCGCGCAGCAAUGAGAGCUCCUUAUCCUGCAGCCUUCUUAGAAAUUUUACGAACAACACAUAGCCUCGGUUAUGUGUUUGGGAGUCCAUUAUACGACGAGGCUAUCACGUUAUGCCUUGAUCUUGGAGAACUUGAUGCAGCUAUCGCAAUUGUUGCAGACCUGGAAACGAGCGGUAUCUCAGUACCUGAUGAGACACUCGAUAGGAUCAUUCAGGAUAAACAAACAUCUCGUGCUAAUGUAAAUGGUACAUCUUUGUAACUUGACCAACAUCUUUUACUGUUGUAUGCUUUACUUCUGAUUCCAAUAGAAACCAUCUUGCCUUUUUGAGU